UCUGAUUGGUUGGUUUGGGUUUGUUGGUUAUGCUUCUGGGGUACAGAAUUGAAAAUUGUUUUUCUUUCUUUAUUUACAAAAGCAGUGGACGCUACUGCUUUCUUUUUCCUUCAUUUUUAUUAACAAUUCCAUGGUAUUAACAGAAUUUGCUACAUAUACAUAAUGCUAAAGGAAUCAUGACAAAAAUGUUCCUUGUGUUAUGUCUCUUAAUGUUUGUAUUUGCCGUCGGUGAAGGCUACAAUUUGUUUGGUGAAGCUGGUCAAGCUUACUCUAUAGAAAUUAAUUUGGGUCUUCCAAAACAAAAGCUUAAUGUCAUUGUGGAUACUGGCAGCACGACACUUGCUAUAGCUUCCUAUCCUCGUCGGGAGCAUGACAGAUAUUAUGAAACAAACAAAUCUACUACUUUGGAGGAUAGCGGAAUGCAGAUUCAAGCUAAAUACUCACAGGGCAAUUGGGUAGGGCGAAUGGUGUCUGACCAGGUGGAGAUACCAUCUUUGAACAUUUCACAAGUGAGAGCCAACAUGGCUAUUAUAACCAAAAGUCAUAAAUUUUUUGUAAAUGGAUCAGGCUGGGAGGGACUCUUGGGUUUAGCCUACUUGCCAGUAGGUGCGUGGGGCGAACAUGUGAUUGUGGAGUCGUGGCUGGAUUCCGUUGAUGCUAAGCUGCAAACUUCUGCAUCAUUUGAAUUGAAAUUAUGUGGACCCCGAAGUGUAAACAAUGCAACACAUUAUGGUAAUUUUAGAGUUAUGGUUUCAGAAACAGAUGAAGACUUGGACAUAAAAUACCGAACACCAGUACUUCACAAACGUUGGUACGAAGUUGGAGUCCUAUCUGUAAGGGUGUUGGCAAAUGAAACUGAAAAAGUAAUCAUGGAUGACAAGACCUACGCACAAGGCUUUAAUGUAGACAUGUGCAGAAAGCUCAAUCAUCAGAAAAGUAUUGUGGAUAGUGGCACUACAAAUAUAAGAUUGCCUGAUGCUUUGUUUAGACAGGUGGUAAACCAGCUCAAGAAAGUUGUACAAGAAUCGAAUACACAAUAUCCGUCCAAUAUCAUACUUGAUAAUUUUUGGGACCAUGCAGAGGCGGCGUGCUGGCCGGAGCCGCAGCAGUGGUCGCUGCCGCGGCUGGCGAUAGACCUCCUCAGCGCCGACUCCGACCGACAGUACUUUACGCUCGAAAUACCGCCACAGAAUUACAUCCGAGUGGCCAGUGCGCACAACAGCAGCGGGGAGAGUGGAACAGUAUCGGAGUUCUGUUACAAGCUGGGGCUGGAGGCGGGCGGCGGGGAGACUGUGCUCGGGUACACCGCCAUGGAAGGACUCACGCUACUAUUCAACAGAUCAGCCGGCUGGAUCGGAUUCAAAACGUCAGACUGUGGCCCAGAUGCCAGAAUCACCGGCCCACACAACGUCACCCACUCCAUCACCUCAUCAUGUCAACUUAUCACACCAAUAACCGACAUGGCAAUAUCCAUAAAAGCUGCCCAAUGGGCCCUCUGUGUCAUAUCAAUUGUGGCUGCAACUGUAUUGAUAUAUUUGCUAGCGCCGUGCGUUAAAAUGUUACUAGUCAAACCUUUACCUAGAUCUACGCAAAUUUCUAUGUCUCAAACGGCGUUGGUCGAACAAGAUAUAUCUUAAAACGUGACAUAAAAUAACUCACAAAUGAGACUCGUGAUUGAUGAAUAAAAUAAAAAAAAAACGAUGAAAUUAAAACGCAAUUGCGAUUUUACAGUUUCGGCGGUUCGCGAUUUGACAGCUCCUCGGCAGCUUCCAAUCGAAAGCUGAGACCGAAAUUUGUUGUGAUUGGCUCCAGCAUAAAUAUUUGUACGCUAAUUUUUUUACCACUUGUGGCCCAGAACAAAUUAUAUUAUGCGGGAACCUGCAUAUUUACUUGUGUGUAAUGUGGUCGUUAGAUGGUGGUCAUCAUGUCAGAUGCCUUUAUCUUCAAAAAUGUGACAUUAGUUUAGCUAUUGUCAGUAGCAAAAAAGUCAAAAUUAUAAUAAAACAUGCCAAAAGUUUAAUGAUAACUAAUUUAAAAGAGCACUUCAAAGACUAGAAAGAGCAUUUAAUAUCAUUUAGGUUGAAAUUUCAUUGUGAAACUAGUAACAUGAAAUGGUUAAUACAAUAUUAUUUAAUUAACAAAUUUCGUCAAAACUUUCAAGUGUAAAUAUUAAGUUUUAUACAUUUUAUAACUUAAAUUUUACACGUGAAAUUUCAUUAUAGAUAAUUGCAAUGAAGUUAAUAGUCACGAAACUACUUUUAUGCCACUAGAAUCGUAAUGGAAAUUAAGCUUUAGAUGCAGUACAGAAUAUAGAUUUAUCGAGUUAACAGAGAACGGCGUACAAAUCGUGGAAGCAAGGGUAUUCUAUUUUUCGUAAUUUCUUGCACCAUAUUCUAAUAUUUGCAUUAGGGUAAUUUAGAGUUUGGAUUGAUGAAUUGUUUCUUAUAAUAUCUGCAUUCGAAUUUCCUUAUCAUAAAUAGUUAAUAUCAUAAAACAAUUACAUAUACGUGUAAUACUACAUAACAGUGUAAAUAAAACCGAAUUUAAAUCUCUGUUAGAAAAUGGCACAAACAAGAAAAUGCUUCCUUCACUUCGAUAAAAAAAUUAAAUAAUUUCAUUCUUUGUUUUUAAACAAAGGUUAUAUAUAUUUAGAUUUUUUAUGUAUAAAACUAACCAACAUCAUACUACCAUCACUAAUCAUCAUCAUUAAAUUGAUGGUAUAUGUAAUUUUGAUAAACAGUAUUAUUUUUUUUAACCAGUAUUAGUUCAAAGGUAAAAUUUCAAACUUUAAACUCGUAUAUCUAUACUUCUAUCGUUGAAUCUAUUGAAUUGAAUUUCAAUUACGCUGGUUUUUUAACUUUUUUCACCUUGUGUAUUAUUCUUAAGUAUAAUUAUUUUUAAUUGCUGCAUUUACGAGCGUUAUGUCGUUGUCGGCGUAAAAAUAGUCAUUAUCUGUCUCGUUUCUAUAAUUUAUUAUAGUUAAGAUAUAACUACUAUGUAUUUAUCCUUAAUUUUAUCGUAUCUACCUACGACAAUCUACGAGUCACUAAGGCACGUGGUGUAAAUUACAUCCCUAUUAAUUUAUCUCUGUCGAACUUACAGAAGUUGGAUUAAUAAGACCAUAGAAGUGUAAAAGUAGCUUUGUUUUUGUAACUGAACGGGAGUAUAGAGCCCUACAAAUUCAAUCCUUUCAAAUUUUCAAUUACUUUAUGUGCUUCGCUAUCAAUUGUUUAAUUAUUAUAUAGCUUCUUAGAUUAAUAACUGCUCGUCAGAGCGACAGAUAUUUCCAUAUAAAAACAACAGAUGGCACUUCUAUUUAUUUAUUAUUCCAAAUUAUACAGACUAGGUACUUUCGUUGUCAUAAAAAAAUAUAUCUUAUUAUAUGUAAUGUGUUUAUAAAUACACACUACAUUUAUACAACACUUGGAUAAAUACGGAGUGUAUUUUGGAUAUAACGUAUUAUUAGUAAAGUACUUACAACUGUAAGUGCAGUUCUCAUUUCGGUGUUUUACACAUAUAUUUGAAUAUAGUUUAAUAUUAAUUUGUGGUUUUACAGGUUUCUAAAAUCAUGACAGCUGUGUGUUUUGUUGUGCACCUAUAAAAUAUAUUUUAUUGCAAAAUAUGUGUAAAUUGAAUACAUAAAGAAAUACACUUAGAAUCAGCAUAUGUCGAUCUUAGAUUGAUGUGCAAAUAUAGUUCAGUCGAUGUACUAUAAGUAAUCCAAAUAGGAUUUUAUAGAAUAUUAAAAAUGUUAUUAAUAUACAUUUACCAUGCUCAUGCAUGGCCUAAAAACAUGUGGGUAGUAGAGGCUGCAACGUCAAAGUUAAGUCAAAUGAACACAAAGACAUCUCAUAAAGCUCAAAUUGUAUAAGUGAUGUGCAGAAAAUGUCACGUUAUGAAGAAAAAUACAUUGAGAUGUUUUAUUAAAGGGUUGUGCUGUGACUAAGGAUUUGCGAACUUUCUCCUUUUACCUUUUUCUGAUUUUAGUUUUAAAACCCGACUUUUUUUAGUUCGUAGAUUAGAUUUAAAUUAAAAAUAUAUAAAAAGCGCAACAUUUCUGUUGGGAUAAAUUCUUGGAAAUAUCACCAUUUUUUAACGUAGUUUUCAUAAAAACGUGUCAAGUGUCACCGAUUUAAUUACCGCAAUUAAAUUACGACUCAAUGUUAGCCAUUUUAAAAAAUAAAAAGUAUGUAAUGGUUGCCAGCAUUAUUGAUUGACCGAGAGUCAUUAUUUAUGUCAAAGUCAAUGUAUUUAUUCAUUUUUGCAUUUUUUCAUGUCCUUAACAUACAGGUUUUGGUUGUUAUUGGACAGCACCAUAUUCUUCACAGGAAGGUUAACUAGACAGCUUCACUCUAUAUAUUUAUAUCUCAUCCAUAUACAUGUGAUAUAAUAUUAGAAAUGUGAAAGUGCGUUUGUUUGUCCUUUUCUCACGCCAAAAAGUGCAUUGGAUUUAGAUUAAUUCAGGUGUGGAAAAAUUUGUAGCCUGAUAUGCUACUUUUCGACGCGAACUGAUCCGCGGGUAAUAUAUUAAACAAAACUUUUUUUUCUUUCAGAGUUUAUAUUACAGUUUGUCAAGAAAGCAAAGAAAAGGUACUUUAGACGAACAAUUUUUCUGGUAUUGCAAUACCAAAUAGUAUGGUCAAGAUUGGUUGAUGAACAUGCAGUGUUGCCAGCCAACAGACGACCUCAUUUAUUUUCAUCACUUUCUUGACACACUAGAUAUUGUUUCUAUUAUUUAGUAGGCAACUGCUAUUGUUUUUUUUUUUAUUUCGAGUAGUAACCGGGGUCUCGCCGUAGUAAUGCUGGUGACUAUAUAAAUAAUUUCUGGGUUUUGAUCUUUGUACAUAGGAAAUUUAAUGUCGUGUGAAACACAAUGACCAAUCGAAUGUGAAGUCUUAUGGAAAUCUAUAUUUACAAUAAAAUAUUGUACUUACUUGAAAA